AUGGCAAUUGCGGCGCAUAAGACGAACAUUCGAUCCUUCGAAGGCAUGGCGCGUUGGCCCUUCCCGAGUGGCCGCUACGCCUUUUCCUACUGGGCAGCCUUCAUCCGUUUUUUUAACGGAUUUUCGGCGUGCAUAGCGUAUGUGAUUUGUGUGGGGGAUUGCUUUCGCCCGAUCUUCAAGGAGGCGUACAAGCGCAGCCCUGACAACAAAGCCAUCAGGUUUCUGAACACAUCUGGAGGCAAUCGCCUGCUGACAGUCCUUGUCUGGCUCUUUAUUAUGCUACCGCUGACGAUUCCGAAACACAUCGACUCCCUGCGUUACGCUUCUACCUUUGCGGUCAGCUUCUUGGUAUACUUUUCCAUCGUCGUUUUUGCUCACAGCUGCACGCACGGGCUGAAGGAUAUUGAAGGCCAUGUGAGGGUAAAUGACCUAGGAGGCGAUGUAGGGAGCGAUGAAAAAGUCAUAUAUCUUUUCCGAACUGGGAAUGUUCUGGUGGGCAGCAUCGGUGUGUUCAUGUUCGCCUACACCUGUCAACUUGCCGUGUACGAAAUCUGGUGGGAUAUGCGUCCCGAAAUACGUACGCCACGCAACUUCAUGUGGUCUGCUCUGAUUGGUAUGUUGAUGACCAGUUUUGUAUUCACCCUUACUGCAAUCUUUGGAUACCUUGACUUUGGCGCCACCAUCGGCUCGAAUUCGAUUCUACUGAUGUACAAUCCGAUCAAGGAGCCACAAAUAAUGGUUGCGUACGUCGGUAUAGUAUUCAAACUAUGUGUAUCGUAUGCACUAGUUGGCUCAACAGCGCGUAACGCCAUUUACUACGUCAUCGGAUGGCAGAAGCGAUUCAGCGAAAAAGCUUCCGCGGUGCAUGAGAACCCACAAGGUGAGGCGCUUAAGGAUACUGUAGAGCCGCAUCCACGGGAUGAGAGCGUUAACCAAAUUCCCACGAAUGAGGUGUCCGCAAUAAGUACGGAGGAGGAUACGACGUACAUUGACAACAUCCCCUUCCUCUGGCAUCUAAUUGUUGUUGUGGUAUUCUCUGUGGUGUCACUGCUUUGCGGUUUAUUCAUUCCAACGCUUCACACUGUAUUUGGCUUCGGUGGAGCGAUUAACGGUGGUUUCUUGGGAUUCAUCUUCCCGGCACUGUUCUACAUGUAUGCUGGUGGCUUCUCAGUGGAGCGUGAGGGGAGGUUCAACUACUACAUCGCCUACCUGCUGCUCAUUUGUGGUGUGAUAGGCAUUGUUUUCGGCCUGGCUGGCACGAUUUACGUUUCAUUAUAG